AAUGUUUCGGCGCCUGCGCAGAUUGGGGAAAGUUCUGGAAGACAGCACAGCUGCCGCCAUUUUGCGCGGACCGGAGUAGCUCCGUUUACGGUGUCGCUUUUACUGCGGAGACUCUGGAGAAGAGCCGUACGUCGCGCCCCCCCAAUACACGCAAAGGAACGGAGACCACCGGGAUCCCCCUGAGGGGACCCGGAACUGAUUUGUCACAAUGGCAUCUGACGACUUCGAUAUAGUGAUUGAGGCCAUGUUGGAGGCUCCCUAUAAAAAGGAAGAGGAUGAGCAGCAAAGGAAAGAGAUGAAAAAGGAGGGUGCUAGCAACACCACCAGCAGCACAGGCAGCACCAGCAGCACCAGCAAUGGAGGUUGUGGUACCAGUGGAAGCAGUACCAGUGGGGAAGCAAGCAAGAAAAAAAGGAGUCGGAGCCAUAGUAAAAGCAAGGACAGAAAGCGCAGCCGUAGCCGAGACCGAGACCGGCAUCGGCGGAGAAAUAGUCGGAGCCGGAGUAGAGAUCGGCAGCGGCGUUACCGUAGCAGGAGCCGGGACCGGCGACACAGGAGUGAGUCGCGAAGCCGGGAUCGUCGACGUGAAGAUCGUGUGCGCUAUAGGAGUCCACCACUUGUGCCUGGGCGUAGGUUUGGGCUCAGUAAGAGUCCUCAUUUCCGAGAGAAAAGUCCUGUCAGGGAGCCAGUUGAUAAUCUUAGUCCUGAGGAACGUGAUGCCCGCACAGUCUUCUGUAUGCAGUUAGCUGCCCGCAUUCGCCCUCGGGAUCUAGAGGACUUUUUCUCUGCUGUUGGCAAGGUUCGUGAUGUACGUAUCAUCUCUGAUCGGAACUCACGUCGCUCGAAGGGUAUAGCCUAUGUGGAAUUCUGUGAAAUUCAGUCUGUGCCCCUGGCCAUUGGACUGACUGGGCAGCGGCUUUUAGGAGUCCCAAUCAUUGUACAGGCCUCACAGGCUGAGAAGAACCGGCUGGCAGCUAUGGCCAACAACCUGCAGAAGGGUAGUGGCGGACCAACGCGCCUCUGUGUGGGCUCUCUGCACUUUAACAUCACAGAGGACAUGCUCCGGGGCAUCUUUGAGCCCUUUGGAAAAAUUGAUAACAUUGUCCUGAUGAAGGAUUCAGAUACAGGUCGCUCUAAAGGUUAUGGUUUCAUUACGUUCGCUGAUGCUGAGUGCGCCCGGCGGGCCCUGGAACAGUUGAAUGGUUUUGAACUCGCUGGUCGACCAAUGAAGGUUGGCCAUGUGACUGAGCGAUCGGACGGCAGCACAGACAUCAGUUUCCCUGAUGGAGACCAGGAGCUGGAUCUGGGUUCAGCCAAUGGACGUAUGCAGCUCAUGGCCAAACUGGCAGAAGGUUCUGGAAUCCAGCUACCAACAACAGCAGUUGCUGCCGCCGCUGCCCAGGCCGCCGCUGCCCAGGCCGCUGCUGCCCAGGCUGCCGCCUUGCAACUGAAUGGAGCAGUUCCCUUGGGGGCCUUGAACCCAGCAGCUCUCACUGCUCUGAGUCCAGCUCUGAACCUCGCCUCCCAGGCCAUUGCUUCCCAGUGCUUCCAGCUUUCCAGCCUUUUUACCUCCCAGACUAUGUAAAUCAGUGGUGCAGUGCACUGCCUCCCUGUGUUUCCGGGCCCUGCCAGUUCUUUCUCCAAAUCUGCCCUUCCAAGGCCCUUUCUCCAUUUUGUGGACCAAGCCAUUUGCAGGUGUGGACAUCGACUCUGUGGGAAACGGGGCCAUGUUUAGGCACCAAGAAGAACUCUUCCCUGUGACUUCACUGGAAGUGGACUCUGCUGAACAAAGGCACUAGUCAAAGAAAACAGAAUCUAUGCGGACAUGGAAUAGGCUCUCUCUCUGUGUCUGGCUUAAUGGAAGAAUUAAUUCAACCUUCUCUGUUCUUCUCUACCUUUACCUGACAAUCUGUCAAGGAGCAGCCUUUAAGACUUCUGGUCCAAAAGGACUUUGAAGUUUGAAGGGGGAACCUUGAAGGUGCUGGCUUGCUACUGCAAGGGCCCUGGAAGGUAGUGUGGACGUGUAUUGUGACACUUGCCUUAGGCCUUAGCUUGGGGCCACAACUAACUGCUGUGGGCUCUCAGUACCUAGCUGGGAGGUGUGGAAAUGAGCUGUCCUGCCAGGCAUUUUUGGUGUUUCAGGGGCACUCAGGAGUUUAGCGAAAGGUGGAAUACCUUUCCAAUAUUGCCCUUCUUCCUUUGUAUAGUUGUUCCUUUGGUCCAAGAGGGAAGAUGGAGGGGAAGCUACUACUCUUUCCACCACUUCCCAUGUGCCUCUACCGUGGGUUCAGCCCUAGCUGUUUAAAGCUGUACCUGUCCCGUACCUGAGUACAUGUGAGCCCUUCUCACUGGAUUUUAUACCCUUGUGACUGUGUACAUAAGUAUAUAUGAACUUUGUACAAAGGGCAGCCCUCCUGCCGUAGUGGCUGCUGUCCAUAUGUGUGUGGUCUCAGUCGGUUGGUGUGUCUGUCUGAUGUCAACUUCUGAGCCAAAACCAUGAAUGAUUCUAGGGAUAUAAAAUAUUUGUAAUGCCA